AAUUUUCACGCAAGUUCCUUUCAAUCCUUCUUUCACCGCUACUACCACCACCUCUCGACUCAGCCUCUUCGUUCCUCCCAUUCGUGGUGGUCCCUCCCUGGCCUUUUCCUUGUGGACCUCCUUGGCCGUUCGUGGUGGUUCCUCCCUGGCCUUUCCUCGUGGUUCCUUCCUGGCUGUUCGUGGUGGCCCUUCCUUUCCUCGUGGUUCCUUCCUGGCUGUUCGUGGUGGUCCGUCCUUUCCUCAUGGUUCCUUCCUCUGGCCGUUCAUGGUGGUCCUUCCCUUUCCUCAUGGUUCCUUCCUCUGGCCAUUCAUGGUGGUCCUUCCCUUUCCUUUCCUUGUGGCUCCUUCCUUGUUGGCCUUUUCUCGUGGUUCCUUGCUGGCCUUGGUCCCUCCUUUCAUUCAUCUCUCCGCUAUCUUUCCCUGUUUUCUUUUUGUCUUGUAGCUACAUAUGUAGUAUUUAAAUAUAAAUAAAAUUAAUUUGCUUCACAAAA